ACCAGGAAGUGGGGCGGUGAUGUCGACAGAUCCACGGAGACGUCGACAUGAAACUGUCAGUGACAUUUUACAACAAAACGCUGCGGGUCUGUGCUACAAACGGACUGUUUUGAGGAUGAGUGGCGUCGGCCAUAGAGUGUUGUUGCUGUCCGUGGUGUUGCUGCUCGUGAACCCGUGCGUACCAGUGCGAGCCGAGAGAGGGCACCCUCCGGACCUGCACCAGAGAGAUGUCGACGGAGCAGACGUGAAACAAGUUACCGCAGAAAACCGAGAAACACCUGUGAAACACGAGCAAAAAGAUGGAGUCGAUUCAAACGUCCCGAAAGAGGACGGACACUCUGUCAGGUCUAAUGGCACUGACAACUACGGCAAUGAGACCCUCCACACUGCCACAACUACUGUCAAGCCGAGCACCCCAGCUCCUCCAACCCCCAAACCCAUUCUGCCUGUGCAGACGGGGGUCAAGGCCCAAGAAGAAGAGCAGUCCAGUGGGUUGACCAUAUUCUUCAGCCUGCUGGUUAUUGGUAUCUGCAUCAUAUUGGUGCACCUGCUUAUCAAGUUCAAGUUGAAUAUUCUUCCAGAGAGUGUGGCUGUUGUGUCCCUGGGGAUUUUAAUGGGAGGCUUCAUCAAGCUUAUUGAGUUCCAGGAGCUAGCCAACUGGAAGGAGGAGGAAAUGUUCCGGCCCAACAUGUUCUUCCUUCUGCUGCUGCCUCCCAUCAUCUUUGAGUCUGGAUACUCUUUACACAAGGGGAACUUCUUCCAGAACAUUGGCUCCAUCACCCUCUUUGCUGUGAUUGGCACAACGAUCUCCGCCUUCAUAGUCGGAGGAGGAAUCUAUUUCCUCGGACAGGUGGAUGUGAUCUACAAGAUGUCAAUGACUGAUAGCUUUGCCUUUGGCUCGCUGAUCUCAGCAGUCGACCCUGUAGCAACCAUCGCCAUCUUUAAUGCCCUCCAGGUGGACCCGGUCCUCAACAUGCUGGUGUUUGGCGAAAGCAUACUCAAUGAUGCCGUCUCCAUUGUCCUCACCAACACAGCCGAGGGUUUAUUUUCCAACUCAGAAAACUCCACGGUUACAGGCUGGGAGACUUUUGUGCAAGCGUUGGGGUAUUUUCUCAAAAUGUUUUUUGGAUCUGCUGCGCUGGGAACCCUCACAGGACUCAUCUCGGCUGUUUUUCUGAAACACUUUGACCUAAGGAAGACUCCUUCUCUGGAGUUUGGGAUGAUGAUCAUAUUUGCAUAUCUACCCUAUGGCCUGGCAGAGGGAUUAAAACUAUCUGGGAUUAUGUCCAUCCUGUUUGCGGGGAUUGUGAUGUCUCAUUACACCCAUCACAACUUGUCUCCUGUCACCCAGAUCCUCAUGCAGCAGACACUGCGCACAGUAGCCUUCAUGUGUGAGACGUGUGUGUUUGCCUUCCUUGGUCUCUCCAUCUUUAGCUUCCCACAUAAUUUUGAAUUAUCCUUUGUGAGCUGGUGCAUAUUCCUGGUUCUUCUCGGCCGAGCGGUGAACAUCUUUCCUCUGUCAUUCCUGCUGAACUUCUUCAGAGACCACAAGAUCACCCCCAAAAUGAUGUUCAUCAUGUGGUUUAGUGGUCUGAGAGGAGCCAUCCCGUACGCUUUGAGCCUCCAUCUGGGCCUGGAGCCCAUUGAGAAGCGGCAGCUCAUCGGCACCACCACUAUCAUCAUCGUGCUCUUUACCAUCCUCUUUCUGGGGGGCGGGACCAUGCCGCUCAUCCGCAUCAUGGACAUAGAGGAAAGCCAGACACGGCGAAAGAGCAAGAAAGACAUCAAUCUCAGCAAGACAGAGAAAAUGGGUAACACCAUUGAGUCGGAGCACCUAUCAGAACUGACAGAGGAGGAGUACGAGGCUCACAUCUACCAGAGACGAGAUCUGAAGGGCUUUUUGUGGCUUGAUGCUAAGUACCUUAACCCCUUCUUCACUCGCAGGCUUACGCAAGAGGACCUGUUACGAGGCCGGAUCCAGAUGAAGACCCUGACCAACAAGUGGUACGAAGAAGUUCGCCAGGGACCCUCAGGCUCCGAGGACGACGAUGAGGCAGAACUUCUUUGAACUGAACAGACACAGACAGUUCAUAUGAAAACAAUGGAUGGACAUUGUGUGUCCCUGGGCGGGGGGGGAUGUGUGUGAGGACACUCUCCUUUUGUUCACCUGCCACAAUGUUUAUGUGACAAAGGAGUUUCCCUCGGUGCCCACUGUGGAUGUUCAACACACUAAGUGGCCUGGAAUGUGUCAAACUUUACUUAAUUAUAACACUGGAUGAAGGAAAAAAGAAAUCUGUGAAAUUUUGUGUUUCUCUUAUGAAUGCCAUAUUUUUACUGACAGGAUAUCGAAAUGAGAGUUAAUCGAUCUGCCGAAUAGCACAGGGGACGUUUUAUUGAUCCUGAGAAACUUUUCUCUUCUAAAGGUUUUGGUCUGAGGGGGGUGGAUCAGGUAGGUAUGUGGACAAUUUUUGAUGUAAAGCAAUACUAGAGCACCUUUCUCACCUUUUUCUCUUCACUUUUGUGUUGUUCAUUGUUAUGUGGCACCGGCUUAUUUGAAAUGUGCUGGAAUUUGUACUUGUCAACUUAAAGUCGCUGCAGCCUCUGUUUUUACAGUGAAAAGCCACAAGCUGCUGCUUUGAAUAUCUUCCUGUUCUUCCUAGAUUGAAUUCUCACUGGGUUAUGCAUGUGGAGUAACGGUUCUGAGUUAAUUUAUACAGACACAUACUGUAUGUAUGCAUACAUGUAUUGAAGAUAAAACAAGAAGUGCUGCAUGAGCUUCACCCUCCAGCGACCAGCCAACAAAGAGAAAUACAGGAGAGAGUUGAAUCUAGCAAAACAUGCACGGUGAAACCAAUACUGUUCAUUUCAUUAAACACAGCUUACAGGAGAAUAAUAAUGAAGAAUUGAGGAAAUUAGAAAAUUGCUUUCUUUUUCGAGUAUGGUCCCAGUAUGGUUUCCUUAAAUCAACCUUUCUCUAACAGUUUCCGUUCUCUGGUGAGGUUCCUGCCUCUUCACUGUGAAGGUUUAAGUCAGUUCAAGCUAUAAAAUAGAACUCGAAAUGUUGCUUUUGUAAUUUUUCCUCAUGGAUUUCUAUUGAGAAUAUAGCCACCGAAGAAUGUGUGGGUAACUGGGAAUUUGAUCAUGUGAAUGUUAAUGUAUUUUCUUCCUAUUUAUUUAUACAAAUGUUUGUGUUCUUUGUGGGAUGAAAGCUUUUAUACAAGCUCUAUGAGCAAUUUCAGACUUAUAGAAGACAUAUCUAUAAUAAAUCCUAUUGACAUAUG